AGCUACCCCCACCCCAUCACUUUCUUCUUCACUCUACUCUACUCUACGCUACCAGUCUAGACAGCCGGGGGCUAGAAUCUUGAGACAUUCGGAAGGUGAGCUGGGGAUGAGGGAAGGAGGGAGGGAGGCUACGAUAGAUCUUGCAGUCUAGUCGCCCGGAAUGGAUCGAGAGAUCAGUUUCAAUCUCGUGAUGGACAUCAGCCGAUCAGGCAUUUGUGCGAAUGUUGUCAGAUGAUGUCAGGCCCGCGGAAAGGGCACCCUUGAACCCCGAGCCCCUGGAGGAGACGAGACGAGACGCAAGACGAGCAAGACGAGGACGAGGGGCACAUGAAGCGGGGCGACGCUCGUCGUAGAUAGAUCGGAAUUGGGGGGAGGAGAAGGAGAAGGAGAAGGGCAUGCGAUCAGACUCACAGAUCAGACACACCGCCAAAAUCGGGAGAGAGUAGUGCCAGUGCCAGUGCUAGUGCUAGAGCUAGAGGUAGUAGUAUUAGUUUUAGUGAGGUAAGGAGAAGACGCGGGAGGAGGAGCAGAGGCAGAAGAAGCACCAGCGGCAGCAGCAGCAGCCGCCGCAGCAGGAUGAAUGUAUGCUUGCAUCUACCACCAGCGCUAGAAGGAGUCAGAGGGGGUGGUGGGGUGGCAAGAGGAGGGGGUUGCAGGGGUUGGGAAGCACGCACACAGACGGGCGGGGCUACUGGAGAGUGGAGUGGGGGCAAUGUGGUGCGGUAGUCGGUGCGUUCACGAUAGGCGAGUGAGCAUGAUGAUGAUGAGCGCCAAGUGGUAGAGAAGAAGAAGUGUAGAAGAAGUUGAAGAGAUUUGCAGUAUCCGUGUGUAGAUGGAGGUGUUGGAGGUGUGGCGAGAGAUUUUGGUAGGAGGAGGAGGAGGGGGAGGGGUUGGGUGUGAUGGAGUUGUUGUGGUUGGUCUCGGAGUGUUUGCAUGCUAGGAAAGAACGAGUGUCGCACGGGUGUCAUAACAAUGGGUAGAUAGGGCCCCGGAGUGUGGUGACACGGGCGUCAGUGCAUCGCCCGUCCGUGCAGGACAUGAAGAAACUGGAACGACAGGGCGCCAUGAAAGAUCGUCAAAUCUCUAUCAAGUAAAGUUUAUAUAUCUCGGCUUCUUAUUAACAAAUUUCUUCACGGCAGCUCUUUCACCGUCUUGGACUUGCUUCUCGUCCCGGACCCAUCACGAGCUUGUUCACUACCACCACCAUAAUCCUGCAAGUAACACCAUUGAACUCACAUUGUCACCAUUGAACACUUGGGGGCUGGGGGCUGCGGGUGCGGUUGGGGGAGGGGCGCUUGAAUUGGGUUUCAGAAUCUGCCCUCCACCAAUUGCACUUCGCUCUUCGAUCGUGUUGCACGUCUUGUUGACGGCACUCGAUCGGUGAGAGGACGAUCAGUCGUCGAUCGCGAUGAUAAUGAUGAUGAUGAGUCGGUCUUCCCAGUCCGCCUGAACUUCACAGCAUUCACAGCUAGUGCAAGCAUGAUGCCCAGGUGGACCACUAGCAGGAAGUCGUCGAAGGAGCUCGUCAUAUCCGGUCCUCUCGAAUUGGGCAAGAAGCCAGAAUGGAGUAGCUUAGGGUCAGAUGGGCCACAGAUCAAGAAGGAGUUUGGGGGGUCGAUGCGCAGGGAUCCGCGCAGGGUGUCGGAAGGGCCGAGAUCGCGGUCGCUGGACGCGCGGAAUUUGGAUGGGCUGGUGCAGCAGCGGCACGUCAAUUCGGCGAUCUCGCGCGACAUUUCGCAGCUGUCGGAGAGCAAGAGGCGCUUGGGCGACAGCCUGCCCAAAGAUGGCGAGGGCAAUCUGGUGCUGCACGAGCUGUUCAAGCGCGAGUUCAUCGAGAAGCUGUCGGAGCGGUGCAAGCAGCGCGAGCCGGAGGGCGGAGGAUUUCUGGAGGAUUUCGCCAGGCCCGAGAACUUCGUCAAGCCGAUCAAGAUUCACGCUCGGCAUGUCAGGUCCGAGUCGGCCGACUCGCCCGGCGUGGGGUCGCCCAAGAGGGGCACGGCGCUCGAGCGCGUGAGGGCGGCCGAGGCCCCGCGAGCGCCCGGGUCCCCUCGGCACGAGAAGCUGCGAUCGCCAUCGCUGAAGGAGAAAUUCGCCGACCCCGAAUGGAUGUCGAAAUGCGAGAAGCUGAACGUCGACCACCAGGACCAGCUCGACAACCACCACCGGCGCUCGCUCUCGAGCGCGGACGGCGAGACCUCGCGCGACUUCAUGCUCUCGAAAUUCUUCGAGCGCUCGCCCUCGUCCUCCGCCACCAGCAAGGCGUCGCCGCGCGAGCUCUACGACCUGCUGUCGAACGAGGAGAUGAUGCAGCAGGACCAUCUCUGGGUCGACGUGCUGCCCUCGAAGCCCAGCGUUCGCGGCGUGGCCCGCAAUAAGCCCUCGCUCCUCGUCGACGACGACACCUCGUCUCAGCGAUCCGCCAAGCUCUCCAUAACGCAGGGCUCGUCGCCCUUCAGCCGAAUUCUCGCCGGGGACGAGCACCGCAACAGCCCCUCCAGCGCCUCGACCACGAGCUCGCGGGGCGAAUUCGGCAGCCGAUUGGCGCCAUUGCCUCCACCCCCGGACUCGGUCGGGAGCUAUGAAAACUACCGUCCCGGGACUUUGGUGGAAAGCCUGUCGAAGCCGCCAUCGCGGCGCACGAUCGAGGAGAGGAUGCGGAAAUGGACGAAUCCCGUCGACUACAAUUCGGAAGAGCUUGCGCGCACGAAGGAAGCCAUGCUGAAAUCGCUGCGCGAAGCUGCGGCCGUGGACCAGGCGCAUUUCCUGCGCACUCUGCAGGACCAAGGCGCGGUGCAGAGCUCGUCGCCGCUCCGAACCCCCGGGGCUUAUGGGUAUGCGCCCGAGGGCUCGCCCGCCGCUUAUGCGCGGUCUCCGAGUCGUGCCCCCACGACGGAUUUGUCGACUCUGCUCAAGUCGCCGAGGCGCCCCGGCGGAGGUGCUAAUAUCCCCAAGCCCCCGGGGGCUGACAAUGUGCGCGAGGUGCGGGGCAAUGCUGUGGACGGCAGCGGGGCUAGAGCGGGACGGGGCGUGGGCGGGGGCGAGGACGAGGACGAGGGCCGGUGGCAAGCCCCCGGUAGCCCCGUCGAGCUCUCGGCCUCGACUCAGUCGUCCAAAAUCGCUGCCCGCAGGCGGCGCAGUGGCGGAGCUCCGGGCGAGGAUUCGCCAAUUCGACCUUCCGCUGCAGAAUCGGUCGGCCGGGCCGAUGUGCCAUCGCCAAAUUCUAGCUCUUCGGGUGCUUCUGUCAUUCCCAGAAGCUCUGUCCUGCAGAAGAUUGAAAAAUCUCGUCUGCGCAGGCGGAGGCGAGCAGAAAAGGAGGCUGCUGCUGCUGCUGCAGCAGCAGCUGCAACAGCAGCGGAAUCCCCGACCGUCUCGAAUGAUGCAUCCAAUUCCGAACAACAACAACAACAACAACAACAAGCGCCGGCGCCGGAGCCUCCUGAAACUGAAGCUGCGGUGAAAGUGGACAAUUCUGCGUCGCGGAGCUGGAAAAUUGACAACUCUGCCUCGCGGAGCUGGAACUUGGAAGCUUUGGGUCUAAAUCGCUACGCGCAAUCGUCGUCCAACAAUGAAGCCGAGGACGAAGUGAAGGAAGAAGGAGAAGAGGAAGAGGAAGAGGAAGAAGUGAAGCAAGAUGUGAAGCAAUCGAUAAUUCAGAAGUUGAUGAGGAGGGCGAGCGCCCGCGCUGGAAUUGCUCCAGCGGACGAUGGUGCCGAGGCCGAACUGGCAGCCAAGGAAGCGGCGUACGCUCCGUUCGCGUACCAUCUGCCACCUCCAGUGGCGGCUGGAGUCGAUGGUGCCGAAGAUCCCAGCGUCGAAGGAAGGGCUGAAAGGUUCGGACCCCACAGCAGCAGCAGUCCCAAUGCUGAAGCAGGUGUCGAAUCUGUCAGCAGGAAUCGCCAGAGGCUGCCGAGUCCGGCCCCAUCACCCAAGUCCGAUGACCCAGGGCCGCUGAAAUCUCCUCUCUCCUCCAUCGAAUCCUCGAGCAAUGCCCAGGACCUGGCCAGCCUUUUGGCCGAUUUGACAGGCUCCGUGGGCUUAGCUCUCGGCAGCAGCCCGACUCGCGAAGCGUCCAACGAGGCUGCCAACAAUUCUCUGCGUGUCCACGUCCGGAACGGCGGCCCCGAGCAGCAGCAGCAGACGCAAGAAUUUCCCGAAUCUGAACGACCAGCUCAAAAAUCGGAGGCUGCGGCGGACUGUCGGCCGACAGCGGAACGAACGCUGUCAGCUCCGGGGCUCUGGUCUCCGGGAAGCGACGACAGUGGCUCCGAUGGCAGCAGCGUCGACAACCAGCCCAGCCCCGUCUCGGUUCUCAAUAACUCGAGAACCCCGUUUGCCGAGCACGGCAGUCAGAUCGGAGAAUUGGAGAGCAGGAUCAACCAGCUCGAUCAGAAGCUCCAAGAAUCACAAGAGCGGUCUCAGAAGUUCUGCCCCAACGUGGUUAGCCACAGGAGGGAUGGAUCGUCCGGGAGGGUCGUCGAGCCUGCGGCUGCAGCUGCGGCUCCCGUGGAGCUGAUGAACCAGGAGGUGAUCAUCGUCGAGCUGAAUCCCGAAGGCGCGCCGCUGAGAAAGUCGUCCAAAUCGUCGAGGCCGGCAGCAGCAGCGCCCGCCAAACUCGAGGCGGCCAAGCCCCCGGCAGCAGCAGCUGCUGCAGCGUCGAACCACCUCGCGGGGGGCGAUCGAUACAAGGGGGCUAGCCUGGGGGCUUCGGGCUACGGCGACCACCGCAGGAGCCGAGAGAUCGGCCACGGGGCUGGGGUUGCAGCCGCAGUCCCGGUGGUGGGGGUGGGGCUGGGGCAACGCGGGGGCAGCGGCAGCCACCGAAGCGGGGAGCACCCGACGGACUUUCGCAGGAGCCUGGAGAUAAUCGCGGGGUCGGCGUCGGACUUCCGCAAGAGCCUGGAGAUCUUCGACCUGGAGAACAUCGCCGCGAGGGGCAAGCGGCGGUGGGAUCUGGUGUACGCGCGCGACGUGCUGGUGGCGUCGGGGUUCGGGCGCGAUGUGCCGUCGGGGCCGAUGACCAAGUGGCACUCGGUGGCCGAGCCCAUCGACCCGAGCCUGUUCGAGAAGAUGGAGGACUACUACAAGAGCGGCAUCAAAUUCCUCGGCUGCGAGCGCUUGCGCCGGCUGGCCUUCUACCAGCCGGACCACCUGCGCCUGGCCGAGCGCAUCAAGGCCUCGGUGCCCACGAAGCAGGGGCGCUACGACCCCAUGCACCGGUGCCACCUCUUCGACGUGGUGAACGAGCUGCUGGCCAAGAAGCUCGGGCCCUACCGCACGCCCCGCAACCCGUGGAUCAAGCCCGCCGUCAUGCGCCCCCGGCCCACCGGCAAAAUGCUGCUGGAGGAGAUCUGGCGCGACAUCUGCGACCAGUUCGGCCGCAACGGGUCCAUCAACGACGACCAGAAGCUGCUGCACUGGAAGCUCGAGAAUCUGAUCGGCGAAGACUUGUACAAACGCUCGCACUGGUUCCCUUCCCCGGACUUCGACACUUUCAUCGAGCGCAUCGUCGGCGAGCUCGAGAAGCGCAUCUUCCACGACCUCGUCCUCGAAACCGUGGCCACCCUUCAAUCUAUCUGAAUCUAGAUCAGACUCACUCACCGUCCGAAAAUUUUAAUUCCUUCAAUCAUCAUCAUCAUCAUCAUUGUAGCUAGUACCACCACGACCACCAUCGCUCGCUCGCUCAAUCAAUUUGUAGUAAAUUUCACAUUCAAUGGGUCCGCAGCUGUUUCGAUUUUCCUUUCACAUACUCAAAACCCGAUAAAUUUCAAUCAUUCGACAACAUUCUUUUGGUGUAGAAAGUUACGAAUCCCAGGAGUGGCACCCUUAGCACACCCUUAGCACCCUUUGCUACUUUUGUGAGAACAUUUUGCUACAUGGGGGACUACCCUACUCUGGGGUUUUUAAUAAAGGUACUCAUUUUCAGCUGACGAUCUCACUCUCUCUCUCUCUGGACACAAUCGUCGUGUUCGU